AUGCCAGUCACACGUACGCAGAAUGGGAAAUUGCCGCCUCCACGGCAGCCGUUUCCCCCAAGUCAAGCUCAAGGACGCGCUGGAGUGACGAAGCGGAGGAACCCAAAGUCGAACCAAGAAAGCUCCCCGAGCUCGAAAACAAUGCCCCAGGCCGCUGGCGCCAAUGAGUCCAAUGCAACAAACCAGCAUGCUGCACCCGCUCUUCCAGUCCCCGUGAACGCCCAGCUGCAGGGCACUUUGCACGCCCAACCCACUGCUGCUCCAUCUCUGCCACUCUCAGCACAGGCGGUCGUCUAUCCAGUUCCUUCGCCGACGAGUGCUGCUACUUUGGCACCUCCCCCUACCCUAGUGGCGCCUCAACCCAUCCCAGCAGUACCGGGUCAAACCCAGCCAACGUCUUCUCAGCAGCCUCCUGCCCCUCUAGCAACACUAUCAGGCUUCUCCCCUCCCUACAUGAGGGUAUAUACGGAGAGCGAAGGGCCAAAUGGCGCUGUGAAUCCUUACUACAAACUAUCCAGAGCUAUUGGUACGGCACCAGCGUAUCCACUCCAACAGCGGGUCAUGGACACAUCUAUGCUAUACGACAACGUCAGGGGAUAUGUAUUUCCGGUGCCGCAGCCUCACCGGUCACAGCGUGCACAAGACUCCGCCCAGCCCAGCACACAGGCUCCUGCGCAAGGCGCAAACCCGGCUGGCAACACUACAUCUCCUUUGCUACUGCUUCCCACUGAACUUCUAAAGCGAGUAGUUGGUCACGUCGUUGGCCUGAAAGGCCCACUGGGGCGUAGAGCGCUUGGAUACUCCCAUCUACUGGCGCGCCCUCCCCCGCGCACUAACCUUUUGCUGAGAUAUCGGGUCGAAGACUCGCGCACCCCUGAGUCGGUUAUCGAUUACUUGGCUUUAAGCUUGACCUGCAAGCCACUUUACGCCGAACUUGGUGAGGCUUUCUGGAAGCGCAAGUUUCCGACAGGGGACUGGAAAAGAGUGUACCACACGCUGCGUCCACUGUUUGAUUCCCCCACAGAAUCUGACUUGCAGGAUUUGGUUCGUGCGAUCAUUAUCACUGGUGGCAGUAGAGCAAACUUGCAAGAGGUGUGUGACAUCAUCUUGACGAUGCAAGGGCUAAAGUCCUUAACGUUUGCCGGCCUCGGCGAGAUUGAUCCCACUGUUCCAGUGCCGCCCACGUUCCUAAAUCGAAACGUAUGCUACGUUGAUCAACUUCUUUGCCAGGACUCUAUGUGGUUCUGGUUUCUCCUAAAGGAGAAGGGGGUUAAGAUCUCGUUCAAUGCCGACUAUGAAGGUGCCUACGAGAGUCACGAAGUGGCCUGGCGCAAGCUUCACCUUCUAGGCAAGGUUCAGACACCCUGUCGAUCCACGGCUCAGAGAGAGAUAAACUCCGUCACGCUCAAUCAAUAUUUCGAGUCUCAGAUGGCCCACCGCCUUCAGGUUUUCAUGAAUGCGCUUGACCAGGCGUAG